AUGGCAGUUACGUCAUGGCAUACAGAUCACAUUAACUUUAACAGGAAAAAGCUAUUGGGGGCUGGAACUUUAAUGGCUUUAGUUGCUUUCUAUCAAGGACAAGUGCUGAACAAGUUUAGAUCAGCUGCAUUACUUAGCCCAAUUGCCCAUAUGAAUCAAAUGACAUCAAUACUAACAAAAAUUGCUGCUGUUGCAUUUCUAGCUAAUGAAAUAUACUGGUUAGGACUCCGCGAAUUUGUUCCAAACGGGGAUGUUGCAGUAAAAUUUGCGAAAGACUUCUGCCAUAUUCUAAACUUGAAGUGCUCAAACCUAAUGACACUUUUCGCAGGUCCCAAUUGCUGCUUAAAUUCGUCCACGAUAGAUGUCUUUCUUGAUCAUGAACCACAGCCAACAUCAACUAAGAAUUUGGUCCAUCUAUCUCAAAUGAUCAGAACAGGAACAAUAGCAAAAUAUGAUUAUGGUGAUCAAGGACAAAAUAUGCAGCACUAUGGACAACCACUUCCUCCUCUUUAUGACAUGACCGGAAUUCCGAAUGAAUUUCCUCUUUUCCUCAGCUAUGGAGGGCAAGAUACGCUAUCUGAUGCAAAGGAUGUGCAGGUUUUGCUCAAUGACCUCAAAGAUCAUGAUAGGAACAAGCUCGUGGUAAUGUUGAACGAAGACUAUGCUCACGUUGAUUUUGUUAUGGGUGUUAAUGCUAAUCAAAUGAUCUAUGAUCCUAUGAUGGAUUUCUUCAAGGUUAAUUGA